GUUACAGAUGUUUAAAAUGCUGGCUAAAGCCUACGCAGAUGCACAUCCAGUCAUCUCAGACCGAUCUGAACUUCGUUGCGGUGGAAAUUUUGUAAAACGCGGAGGUAUUAUAAAUGGUGCUGAGUGGUACAGCUUCACUGGAGGUAUGGCAGAUUUUAAUUACCUUCACACGAAUUGCUUUGAAGUUACCGUGGAGGUAGGAUGUGAAAAGUUUCCUUUGGAGGAAGAACUGUUUACAAUCUGGCAUGAAAACAGAGAUGCCCUUCUGAAUUACAUGGAAAUGGUUCAUCGGGGGAUAAAGGGAAUUGUGUCUGAUAAGUUUGGCAACCCAAUAAAAAAUGCUCGCAUUUCAGUCAGGGGCAUCCAGCAUGAUGUCACCACAGCUGCUGAUGGAGACUACUGGCGACUCCUUCCUCCGGGGACGUACAUAAUCAGCGCCCAAGCAGCAGGAUAUAGCCGGGUGAUGAAGAGGGUCACUCUUCCUACCAAGAUGAAACGAGCUGGGCGAGUCGACUUUGUAUUACGACCUGUUGAGGCUUGGCCCAACAAGCUCCUCCGCCGGUCGAUGGAAGACAUGUACGACCCAUAUGACCCGCUGGAACUUUUUGACCCUCAUGCCCAACACAGGCAGCCCGAGGCUCGAGGGGGGUCACCGCCGGGCAGGGACAAGCCAUGGUGGUGGUCUUACUUCAGCUCUCUAGACCUGCACAAACCUCUGUGGCUGCUCAAGCAGCACUGA